UCAUGAUCCAUCUCAUCAUCGCAGUUGCUCUCAUUGGAGCUCUUUAUGUCUUUUUGGUGAACACCUUGUUUAAGGAGUCCAAAUGUAAAGGAAUGGCUGAUAUGACCGGGAAAACAGCAAUUAUUACAGGUGGGAAUACAGGUAUCGGGAAGGCUACAGCUAUGGAUUUGGCUGGUCGUGGAGUGAGAGUGAUUCUGGCCUGCAGAAACAAACAGAAAGCUGAGGCAGCUAUAAACGACAUCAAGAUGGCCACAGGCAGCGAUGAUGUCCUGUUUAUGGAGCUUGAUCUCGGAAGCCUCAAAUGUGUGCGAGCGUUUGCAGAGAACUUCCUCAAAAGUGAAUCCAAACUGGAUCUCCUUAUCAAUAAUGCAGGUCUUGUGGCAGAUGGUCGAACCGAGGAUGGUUUUGGAGUCGAGUUUGGCGUCAACCAUCUUGGCCACUUUCUGCUCACCUGUCUUCUGCUGGACCGUCUAAAGGAGAGUCCUGCAGCUCGGGUCAUCACUCUGUCCUCCAUGGCCUAUCGCUGGGGCAAGAUUGAUUUCGAUUCUCUAGUCGCCACUAAAGACCUGGGAUCUGGUAGAUACAGCUGGCAGUUCUUCCAGGCCUAUUGCAACAGCAAACUCUGCAACACCCUGUUCACUCACGAACUGGCCAAGAGACUGAAGGGCACAAAUGUGACCUGCUACAGUGUGCAUCCAGGUGUCGUGAAGACUGAACUCUCCCGCCAUGUCAGUCUUUGGCAGAAGGUGUUUAUCGAGCCCGUGGCUAGACUGCUGUUCCUGGACCCGAAGACCGGAGCCCAGACGACUCUUCAUUGUGCAGUUCAGGAAGGAAUCGAACAUUUGAGUGGAUGUUAUUUCUCUUGCUGUGCAAUGGAGGAAGUUAGUGCCAAAGCCAAGGAUGACGCAGUGGCCAAAAAACUUUGGGAAGUGAGUGAACGACUAGCUGGCCUCUCAUAAACCCAGAGGGACUGUUUAAUGUCUGGUUGAUAAGACCAUCUCUGAUGUCUGUGAACUUACUCCUAGAGAAAAACCAUGCAUGAUGUGAUGAAACAGAUUGUGGCAUUUUCUGUUAACUGGUACGCACAAUUAUUUACAAAGUUUAAAUUUGUUUUUUUUUACUUGUUACAUAUUUCCAUGUGUUGGUGUGAGUGUUUUUUAUUGUAUUAAAGUAUGUAAUGGAAUCACUAUA